CACAAAAUAGCAGCAUCAUCAGUAUCUCUCUCACAGGGAAAAGAAAGAAAAAGCUCUCUGCAACUCUCUCUCUCUCUCUCUAGCCAUGGAUUGCCACAUCCACGGCCUCCAUCGGUUAAUCCUAGCCGUCUAUCUCCUCUCCCUCGCUACCCUCUCACCGGCAUUGCACACCAGCUCCUCCCUGUCCAAAUCCCAGCCGUCCACUACCAAUGGCCAGAUCAAUUCCAACUCCGUCCUCGUGGCCCUUCUCGACUCCCAUUACACCAUUCUCUCCGAGCUCGUUGAAAAGGCUCUCCUCCUUCAAACCCUAGAAUCCGCCGUUGGGGCCCACAACAUCACCAUCUUCGCCCCUCGCAACGAGGCCCUCGACCGUGAUCUCGAUCCCGAGUUCAAGCGCUUUCUCCUCGAGCCUGGCAAUCUCCGCUCCCUCCAAACCCUAAUCCUGUUCCACGUCAUCCCCAGCCGGAUCCCAGCCGACCAAUGGCCCAGAUCCGACAUCCACCAUCGGACCCUCUCGAACGAUCCCGUCCGUAUGUUUCCCAACCAGAAGAUCGACCUCGCGAAUGUGGUCCACCCCAAUGCCGUGAUCCGCCCCGACGGGAUCAUCCACGGCAUUGAACGUCUGCUGGUCCCCCGAUCCGUACAGGAGGAUUUCAACCGGAGGCGGAGCCUCACUUCGAUCUCGGCCGUCCUUCCAGAGGGCGCGCCGGAGGUGGACCCGAGGACGAACCGGCUGAAGAAGCCAAUGCCGGUCCCGGCCGGCGCGCCUCCGGUCCUUCCCGUCUUCUACGCGAUGGCGCCAGGACCUGAUCUGGCUCCGGCGCCCGCACCCGGCCCCGGCGGGGCCCACCGUUGGUUCGACGGUGAGAGCCAGGUGAAGGAUUUCAUCCAGACCUUACUGCAUUACGGUGGGUACAACGAGAUGGCUGAUAUCUUGGUUAAUCUCACGUCGCUGGCAACGGAGAUGGGGAGAUUGGUGUCGGAGGGGUAUGUUCUGACGGUCCUGGCGCCGAACGAUGAGGCAAUGUCCCGACUGACGACGGACCAGCUAUCAGAGCCAGGCGCGCCGGAGCAGAUCAUGUAUUACCAUCUGAUCCCGGAAUACCAGACGGAAGAGAGCAUGUACAAUGCGGUGAGGAGGUUUGGGAAGGUCAGGUACGAUACACUGCGGCUGCCGCAUAAGGUGGUGGCCCAGGAAGCUGAUGGAUCGGUGAAAUUCGGCCAUAGCGAGGGAGCCGCUUAUCUGUUCGAUCCGGAUAUCUACACGGACGGUCGGAUUUCAGUGCAGGGAAUUGAUAAAGUGCUGUUCCCACCCGAGGAGGAGGCGGUCUCACCUGCUGCGGAGAAGAAGGUGGUGGAUCAUAAGGUUGCUGCUGCUAAGCUCAGGAGAGGGAAGUUGCUUGAGGUGGCGUGUAGGAUGCUAGGGGCUUUUGGACAGGAUUCUCGUUUCUCCACUUGCCAAUAGAAAAUUUCCCAAAUUUCAAUUGAAAAAAGAUGCAUUUUAACUUGUGGGGAAGAGGGUUGUAUAUGAAAAUCCCCCCCCUGAUGAUGAAAAAGGAAGGAGGUGAGCUUUUCAGGAUGUUUUUUUUCUUUUUGGUGCACGCGCAGCAGCACAGCAAAUGGGGAAGAAGAGGAAAAUUAGGAGGGACUUUUGGUUGGAAGAUAUGGGCCUCAUGUGGGCAUACCAACCGCCCAAAAAAAAAAAGAAAGGAAGAAGAUGAUUAGUAUAUAUAAAAGAAGGUUAUAUGUAUUAUUAGUAAUUUUUUUUUUUUUUGGGGUUUCUUUGUUUUGUUGGGGAAUUGUCUGGUAGUGGGGCUGUUUCGGUUUAAUAUUAUUUUUUGGUAUCUUAUUUUGUUGGUUUUGAGUGAUGGAGAUGGGAACACAGCAGAGGAGGUUUCACGUGGGCUACCUGCUGUGGCCCACCAAAAUAAAGGAGGGUGGACAGAGGGUAGAGUAAAUAAAGAUUCUUUUGUGUUUAUAGCCAUCCAUCAAUCAAUAAAAAAUGUGUGUGGUUGAUGUUGAAUAAUGGGGGGAAUGCAACUGCCUCUUUUGUUUUU